GCAGCUAUGGCCAAGUGCAAAACAGAUUGCAUAGAGAAACCACUGGUGAAAUGUUUUGAGACGCUCGGUUAUUUCAUCGGGUCCCAUCCCUUGUGGUUCCUGAUCAUCCCCCUCAUUCUCGCCGCAGGUCUGGGGAGCGGGUUUUACUUUCUCGACGACAGGCUGUCCAACGACCUCGAAAAGGAGUUCACACCUAGUGACGGAAAAGCCAAGGCGGAGAGGGAAUACGUCCAGGAAACUUUUCACGGAAACGACUCCUUGUUUUCCAGCUUGAGGCUGAGCACAGACGGGAAUUUUGCAACCUUCAUAGCUACGAGCGACAAAAAUAUCCUGACAGUGGAGUCACUGCAGGCAAUCCUACAGUUGGAUCACAAAAUCAGGAGUAUGGUAGUGUCGUUUGACAGCCAGUCAAUUGCUUUUAGUGAUCUUUGUGCUGUCUUCAUGGGAUCCUGCGUCUCUAAUGAUAUUCUAGAUAUUAUUAACUACAAUGCCUCCUAUAUAGAAACUGUCGAUUUGACAUAUCCAUGGUAUAGCUUCAAAGGGAUGGAAAUUCCUCUGUAUCGAAGUCUGGGGAGUGUGACACUGUACAAGGAUACGCCACUUGUUGAAAAGGCUAAUGCCAUUCAGCUUUUUUACUAUUUACGAGAUGAAGACAAAUCAAAAACAGAUCUGUGGCUGAGAAGUUUCAUAGAUUUGGUUGCAAGCGAACAAACGAAUUUGACUUCAAUUCAGGUGUCAUACUCCACCUCAAUGUCAAGACAGUGGGAAUUUGAAGAAUCACCAGAUUCUGUCAUCUCUCUAUUCUCCAUCACGUAUACCAUCGUCAUCACCUUUUCAAUCGUAUCAUGUGUGAGGAUGGAUAAUGUGCGGACGAAGGUGUGGGUUGCAACAUGUGGGGUGAUCGCCACAGGUAUGGCUGUGCUGAGUGGUUUUGGAUUGCUGAUGAUGGUCGGACAACCUUUUGUGAUGACAGCGGCCUCCUGUCCUUUUCUGGUAUUAGGUAUUGGAAUUGAUGAUAUGUUCAUCAUGAUCUCCUGCUGGCAGAGGACCAAAGUUGCUGACAGCGUUCCCCAGCGGCUGGCCCAAACCUACCAGGAGGCUGCCAUCUCCAUCACCAUUACCACCCUGACCGAUGCUCUGGCUCUUUUCCUGGGCUGCAUCACUACCUUUGGCUCGGUCCGGUCCUUCUGCCUCUAUGCUGGGAUUUCUAUAUGUUUCUGCUAUUUGUACAACAUCACUUUCCUGGGGGCUUGUAUGGCUUUGAAUGGUCAGAGGGAGGGGAAGAACAGGCACUGGUUCACCUGUCGCAAAAUCCCAGAAGACUUACCUGAUGGGAAAUCAAAAGCCUCCCAAAUCUGCUGUAUUGGAGGGCGCUUCGAUCAACUCACUGGAAACGAGGAGAGUGAGUUCAUGAGCCGCAUUUUUGAGAAAAACUAUGGCCCAUUUCUAACCCACAAAGUGACUAAAUCAAUAGUUGGUGUCAUAUAUGUAGCCUAUCUGGCCGUUAGUGUCUAUGGUUGUACGACCUUACAGGAGGGACUGGAUAUCAGCAAUCUGGCUUUGGAUGACUCCUACAUUAAUAAAUACUACGAUGAUGAGAGUCUGCAUUUCUCUGAAUAUUACUACAGUGCAAUGGUGGUUAUAAAAGAACCCAUCGCAUACUGGGAUAAGGAAGUAAUGAAGAAAUUGGACACAUGCAUUGCAGAUUUUGAAAAUUUGACCCAUGUCAAUAAUACAUUAGCUUGGUUUAAUUAUUAUCAAGAGACUGCAAAUGGAAUGGGUCUCAACAUUAGCUAUGAAGAGGCUUAUCAAACCAAUCUGACCCUGUUCUUAAACUUUAGCCCAAUAUUCAGAGAAGACAUCAACACGUCAGCGGCCGGUGUGAUUCAGGCCUCUCGCUUUUUCAUUCAGACGCUAAACAGAAACUCAGAGGACGACACUAUGACCGGCCUCAGGAAAGCAGCAGAGAAAUGUCCAAUAGGUCUCAUGGUCUACCACCCUUCUUUCAUCUACUUUGACCAGUACACUGUCAUCGUGGGCAACACCAUCCAAACCCUCCUGGUGGCUGUGGUUGUGAUGCUCGUCAUCGCACUGGUCCUGAUACCCAGUCCUAUAUGCUCGCUUUGGGUGGUGUUUGCGAUUUGCUCGGUCAUUGUCGGCGUGACAGGAUUCAUGGCCCUGUGGGACGUAAGCCUGGACUCCAUUUCCAUGAUCAACCUCAUCAUGAGCAUUGGGUUCUCUGUGGAUUUCUCAGCACAUAUUUCUUACGCCUUCGUCUCCAGUAACAAUGCCGAUGUCAAUAAGAGAGCUAUGGAGGCCUUGUCCCAGUUAGGGUAUCCUGUUGUUCAAGGAGCAUUGUCCACUAUUUUAGGAGUGGUGGCGCUGUCCUUUUCUAAGAGUUACAUCUUCAGGACAUUCUUCAAAGUUAUGUUUCUUGUGAUUACAUUUGGGGUGUGUCAUGGCUUAAUGUUCAUCCCAGUGUUCCUGACACUGUUUGGAGCAUGUAAAUGUUGUUGAACUGAGGGUAUUCAAAUUCUUAUGAUUCGAGGAAUCGAGGAAGAGUAAGACAACUUCAGGUUAAUAUUGUAAUUUCUUUAGGCUUCUUUUUAUUUAUUUCAGCUGCAAUAAUAAAAUGGCAUUUGCUGGUACUCAUAAAAGUAACAACUGUAUAUACUUCCUGUUCUGCAAUGUAAAAUGAAAGAUGACACACACUGCUGCUGCUUCAACUAUUCUAUAAAAAUGAAGACAUUCAAUAUUUUAAUAAAAACAUAACUGCAAGUUUCUACCCACAACCUGUGUUGAAAUGUCACAUUUAGAACCAAGGAUGUCUCUAUUCAUUACAGCUUCAUGUUUGUUUCACAUUGUUCACAGACAGCAAUGCACAAUACUGCGACUGAUAGAACUGGCCAACCCUCACAAGUAUAAAAUCCUAAUGAUUCCAAUCCCGGUGCUCUACGUCUACAUAAGUGCAGUGUGUAUUUCUUGCAACUUUCUUUGUUCUGAACACACAGCGUGAAUUAAAUAAAUUACAUGAGGAUAGCACAAGUGUGUUUUUGAUUUUGUUCACUUACCCAAAGCGCUGCGACGUUGUAGUUUUCUCUUUUUACACUUUCUACUUCGAAAGGGACAAAAUAUACACUUAACAGUACAUUCCUCCAAAAGGCCACCUUUCAGCAACAGGGGGCCGACGGAAAGAGCAGGACAGGAGAAUGUACGUAUGAUCUUCUCAAACAUCCCAGACACCAUGAACUUGAUGGAAAACUCACUACAGCUCUAUGUACUAACUUGAGAAUCAAACGAGCUAAAGUAGGAGAUACAGCCUGACAUUAAUCAACUGAGUUAAAGCAACACUAUGUAACUUAUAACCUUAUAUAUCAGCUUCCAAUUUUCACUUUCAUUCCCACUCCUCUCCCUGAAAGUCUGGUCUUGCUCUAUCUAACUUUGAUGAGCAGGUACCAUCUCCUGUGAGAAAUGUGUACCUGACUGAGAGUCACAAGUUCCUGAGUAAUGCCGAACUGUAGAUCAGUUAAAAAGACUUGGA